AUGAAAAUGAUUUCUUCUGAUGACAGGAAGGACUACCUGGAGAUCACCUGGGCUGAAUUGAGAUCAACGGUUGAACCAUCUUUUGCUGAGAGAUCAUUAAUAUAUCACAGAGAUUACCUCACCACUGCUACUAUUGUAACAUCUUCUGCAGUCAAUAUCACUGAGCAUGCUGUUCUGACUGCUGAUGGUCAAUCACUUGCAUAUGAUUAUCUCGUUGUAGCUACUGGCCAUGUUUUUGCUUCUGCUGGAAGCAGAACAGAGAGGCUUGCAGAAUUCCAGAGAGAUAACGGGAAGAUAAAAUCUUCCGAGUCUGUGUUGAUAAUUGGAGGUGGUCCAACUGGUGUUGAACUUGCUGCAGAGAUCGCAGUAGACUAUCCAGAGAAGAAGGUGACACUUGUUCACAGAGGAUCACGAUUACUUGAUUUCAUUGAUCAAAAGGCUUCGAAGAAGUGCCUUGAUUGGCUGACUUCCAAGAAAGUGGAUGUACUUUUCCAACAAUCAGUUGACCUAAAAUCAUUAUCAGACACAGAGAAGUUCUACAAAACAUCAGCUGGAGAAACAAUAACAGCUGAUUGCCACUUUGUGUGUAUCGGUAAGCCACUGAGUUCAUCGUGGCUACAUGAUACCAUCCUGAAGGAAUCUUUGGACACCAAAGGAAGAGUAAUGGUGGAAAAGGACCUAAGAGUGAAGGGUUACAAUAACAUUUUUGCAAUUGGUGACAUCACCGAUAUUCCUGAAAUCAAACAAGGGUACCUCGCCCAGAAGCACGCGCUGCUGGUAGCGAAGAACCUGAAGCUACUGAUCAAGGGGUCACCUCCGAGCAAGCUCGCCACCUACAGCACGGGCUUCCCGCUGGCGAUCGUCUCUCUAGGAAGGAAGGAAGGGCUGGCGCAGCUACCCUACCUGACGCUCACCGGGUGCAUACCGGGGAUGCUCAAAUCCAAGGACCUGUUCGUCGGCAAGACGAGGAAGCAGAUGGGCCUGAAUGCUUGA